GCCCUUGUCUCUGCUCUGGGUCAGGCGAGGCAGCCACCCAUGAUGAGCUCUGCAGCCUUCCCGAGGUGGCCGCCUCCCAUCCAGGUGCCCCGUGUGCCCAGCCUGGGUGACUGGCCAUAGCUCUGACCGCUCCGAGUCCUGCACGGUGGGUACCAGCGUUCCCACCUGUCUGCAGCUGCGCCACCUCCCUGUGCCGGGCUGUGCGUGCUCACGCACGGCCCGGCCUGGCUUUGUGCGGUCAGACAGAGAGACCCCCAGGCAGGUCCCGCCUGCAGCAAGCAGACCCCAUAUGUGCCCCAAAUGCCCGCUCACCCGGGCCCUGCCCUGGUAGGUGUUGUCUGGGAGCCCCACUCAGCUUUGGGGCUUCUGAUUCCUGUGGGUGCUUCUCAGGUCAGGGCCUGCAGGUGCAAAGCACCAGGCAGUGGGGUGGGAGCACUAUGGGGCCAGCUGCCUGCAGGCAGGGGUCUGAUCACCGAGCACCUGUCCCCUGCAGGAUCCCUGGCUAUGGGCGACCCGAUGACAUUCAGGAAGUGGGAGCGGGUCCCCUGUCCCCAUGGCUCCCAGCAGUCCCUGUGAGCUCACCUCUUUGUGUCUCUGUCUGCUGUGGCCUCUAUUCUGGGGACACCGAGCCUCUCCUUGCUCGAGGUUUUGGGUCCUGAUUGUCCACAUGACCUCCUGCUGGGUGAAUUCCGGGAUGACCCUGUGUCCUGGGCACAUGGCUGGCAGGGUCCCGGGGCUCUCCGGCCAGCCUCCCCUGCACCUCCGCACCAACUAGCCUGGCCGAGGGUCAACUCCCAGAGCCGUGUUGAGAGGGGAAGGUCUGAUUCCACAGACAUUUGGGGUACAGGGGUUGUGAGGGUGGACUGGGGAGGGGCUGCUCCAGAUCUGGGGUGAGGGAGUCAGAAACAGGGCUGACCCCAAGGUGGGUACAGGAAGAGCCCUAGGCGUGGGCAGGAGCUGUCUGCACCUCCUGAGCCCCUUCCCCAAUCCAGAGGAGGAGCGAAUGUGGGGCUCCCUGGGCCUGCCUUGCUGACCUGUGGCCCUGUACUGACCAGCAGAGCAUGGGGGCCCCUCAUACCCCUUCACGGACAGUGCUCUUUGAGCGGGAGAGGACCGGCCUGACCUACCGCGUGCCCUCGCUGCUCCCCGUGCCCCCCGGGCCCACCCUGCUGGCCUUUGUGGAGCAGCGGCUCAGCCCCGAUGACUCCCAUGCCCACCGCCUGGUGCUGAGGAGGGGCACGCGGGCCGGGGGCUCCGUGCGGUGGGGCGCCCUGCAGGUGCUGGGGACAGCGGCCCUGGCAGAGCACCGGUCCAUGAACCCCUGCCCCGUGCACGACACUGGCACAGGCACCGUCUUCCUCUUCUUCAUCGCGGUGCUGGGCCACACGCCCGAGGCCGUGCAGAUCGCCACGGGAAGGAACGCCGCACGCCUCUGCUACGUGGCCAGCCGUGACGCCGGCCUCUCGUGGGGCAGCGCCCGGGACCUCACCGAGGAGGCCAUCGGUGGUGCCGUGCAGGACUGGGCCACGUUCGCCGUGGGUCCCGGCCACGGCGUGCAGCUGCCCUCAGGCCGCCUGCUGGUGCCCGCCUACACCUACCGCGUGGACCGCCGAGAGUGUUUUGGCAAGAUCUGCCGGACCAGCCCCCACUCCUUCGCCUUCUACAGCGAUGACCACGGCCGCACCUGGCGCUGUGGAGGCCUCGUGCCCAACCUGCGCUCGGGCGAGUGCCAACUGGCAGCAGUGGAUGGUGGACAGGCCGGCAGCUUCCUCUACUGCAAUGCCCGGAGCACCCUGGGCAGCCGCGUGCAGGCACUCAGCACUGACGAGGGCACCUCCUUCCUGCCUGCAGAGCGCGUGGUUUCCCUGCCCGAGACUGCCUGGGGCUGCCAGGGCAGCAUCGUGGGCUUCCCAGCCCCCGCCCCCAGCAGGCCAUGGGAUGACGGUUGGUCAGUGGGCCCCGGGAGUCCCCUUCACCCUCCACGCCUUGGUCCUGGAGUCCAUGAACCCCUAGAGGAGGCUGCCAGAGACCCCCAUGGAGGCCAGCUGCCUGGUGGGCCCUGCAGCCAUCUGCAGCCUCAGGGGGACAGCCCCAGGCAGCCUGGCCCCAGGCCUGGGGUCAGUGGGGAUGUGGGGUCCUGGACCCUAGCGCUCCCCAUGCCCUUUGCUGCCCCGCCCCAGAGCCCCACGUGGCUGCUGUACUCCCACCCAGUGGGGCGCAGGGCUCGGCUGCACAUGGGUAUCCGGCUGAGCCAGGCCCCGCUGGACCCGCACAGCUGGACAGAGCCCUGGGUGAUCUACGAGGGCCCCAGCGGCUACUCCGACCUGGCGUCCGUCGGGCCGGCCCCUGAGGGGGGCCUGGUUUUCGCCUGCCUGUACGAGAGUGGGGCCAGGACCUCCUAUGAUGAGAUUUCCUUUUGCACAUUCUCCCUACGUGAGGUCCUGGAGAACGUGCCCACCAGCCCCGAGCCGCCCAACCUUGGGGACAAGCCUCGGGGGUGCUGCUGGCCCUCCUGACAGGCCUUCUGGCCGUGCCCAUGCCCCUUGGGUGCCCGGGGCAGAGGGGUGGAAUAUGCUGGGGUGCCCCAGGAUGGAUGUGGGGGGGCUCUUAGUGCAGAAUCCUGUGGAUUAGAAGCAAGUUUCUCCUCAGAGUUCUCAAGCAGGGGUUGCUCUUUGAGAAGGGGAACAGCGGCUGGGAGUGAGCAGGGCAGGGUAGGGGCAGGAAGUGGGCCCUGGGCGACCCCCCACAGCUCCCUCCCGAGGCUGCAGGGUCAGGCACAGGACUGCAGGUAGCCCAGGGUGUUGUGGGUGGCAGCACUUGCUUGUUGGCUGCUUUCUGGCUCGAAAUAAAGGAAUCGUGCUUGUGUCGGGGUA